AUGGCACUUAGAGCUAUUUCGAACGAAUUACGCGACUUAGAACGUGAACCGCCACCAAAUAUCAGUGCUGGACCGGUUGAUGCGAAUGAUCUUUUCAAUUGGCAAGGCAUAAUUUUCGGUCCUAGUGACACACCAUAUCAAUCCGGUGUAUUUUUUCUUAGAAUUAAUUUUCCAAUGACUUAUCCAUUAAACCCACCAAAAAUCAGUUUCAUCACCAAAAUCUACCAUCCAAAUAUCAAUUACGAUGGCACGAUAUGUAUCGACAUACUCUAUAAUAACUGGUCACCCGUAUUUAAGAUAUCUAAACUUUUGUUAUCGAUUUGUUCAUUACUAUGCGAUCCAAAUCCGGAUGAUCCGCUCGUACCUGAUAUCGGCUAUCAAUACAAACACGAUCGAGAAGCAUACAAUGCGUCUGCUCGCGAAUGGACGCAAAAAUAUGCUAUGUGA